AGUAAGCAUAUGGUCUCCCCUGGGUCAGCACGUCUCCGGUAACCGAAUCCCAUUUGUUGUUAUUAGUAAAUAGUGCCAGUUGUUCGCAGGAUGCUGAUUCCUAUCUGUCUUCUACUGGCUAUCUGUGUCUACCAGGACGGUAAAUAGAACUAUACCAGACUAUGUGUGUGCAUGCCGUGUUGAUUUAAUAAUUAAAACACAUUCCUAUUGAAACAUUAAAUUCCUAAAAGUUUCAUCUUGUGUCAGAAUACAUUCAUCUCAAAAGUUACAAAUCGAUGCCAUUUGAGGUUUUAAAUGUGUGAUCGUAAAAAAUUAAAAAAUGUGGUACGUUGCAUAAGGUAUUUACACCUUCCCAUGUCAUCCCCCCCCCCCGUGUCUUUCCCCCUCCUCAAGUCACAAAUUGUCAUUAUUUUUUAGACCCUUUCUGCAGCGUUGCAAAAUUUAUUGGUGGCCACUAAUAUAUUAUUUCAUUUAUUUCGAAAUAAUUUUCCAAAGUGUUUUGUGUUGUGCGUUCAUUUUGCCAGACAACUAGGUGUGUUGUGUGUUCUUUGUAACGUGCUAUCAAUUAUGCUGUGUUCCUUGUGCCAUGCCAUCAGUUAUGCUGUGUGUUCCUUGUGCCAUGCCAUCAGUUAUGCUGUGUGUUCCUUGUGCCAUGCCAUCAGUUAUGCUGUGUGUGCCUUGUGCCAUGCCAUCAGUUAGGCUGCGUGUUCCUUGUGCCAUGCCGUCAGUUAUGCUGUGUGUUCCUUGUGCCAUGCCAUCAGUUAUGCUGUGUGUUCCUUUUGCCAUGCCAUCAGUUAUGCUGUGUGUUCCUUGUUCCAUGCCAUCAGUUAUGCUGUGUGUUCCUUGUGCAAUGCCAUCAGUUAUGCUGUGUAUUCCUUGUUUUAUUUAUCACAGUACCCCGGCCUAAGGCUUGGCUCACUGCACUUCACAAAAUUGCGCCAUGCCUUUAGUUAUGUUGCGUGCUCAUUUUGCCUUGUGUUGUGUGCUCAUUGUGCCUUGUAUUGUGUGCUCAUUGUAUCUUGUGCUGUGUACUCAUUGUGCCUUGUGUUGUGUGCUCAUUGAGCCUUGUGUUGUGUGCUCAUUGUGCCUUGUGUUGUGUGCUCAUUGUGCCUUGUGCUGUGUGCUCAUUGUGCCUUGUGUUGUGUGCUCAUUGUGCCUUGUGUUGUGUGCUCAUUGUGCCUUGUGUUGUAUGCUCAUUGUGCCUUGUGUUGCGUGCUCAUUGUGCCUUGUGUCUUGUGCUCAGUGUGCCUUGUGUUGUGUGCUCAUUGUGCCUUGUGUUGUGUGCUCAUUGUGCCUUGUGUUGUGUGCUCAUUGUGCCUUGUGUUGUGUGCUCAUUGUGCCUUGUGUUGUGUGCUCAUUGUGCCUUGUGUUUUGUGCUCAUUGUGCCUUGUGUUGUGUGCUCAUUGUGCUUUGUGUUGUGUGCUCAUUGUGCUUUGUGUUGUGUGCUCAUUGUGCCUUGUGUUGUGUGCUCAUUGUGACUUGUGUUGUGUGCUCAUUUUGACAUCAGGUUUGUUGUGGCUUCAUUGUGAAUGCCAUCAGUUAUUUUGGGUUUUCAAAGGGCCAUGCAAUUAGUUGUUUUGGGUAUUCAAAGGGCCAUGCCAUCAAAAUUUUUGUUGUGUAUUCAUUACGACAUCAGUUGCUGUAUGUUCCUUGUGCUUUUCCAUCAGUUGUGUUGUGUGUACAGUGUAGCAUGUAAUAAGUUGUGUUGGAUGUUCAUAGUACCAUCAGGUGUGUGCCAUUAUGUCUUUGACCUAACAUAGACAUAAGAUAGAUCAAACAUAGACCUGACAUAGGCCUGGAAUAGAUGGAUGUAUUUAUAUUAUUUUAAUGUACAAUAUUAUUUUAAGUCCAUUUUAAAUCCAGUUGCCUUCUAUAGUUAUCUUUUCAAAAAAUCCCUACCCGAAUAACUCAAAACCCCCCUCCCAUGUUCCUCUUUUUUUAAGUAGAGUACCUAAAUGUCAUGUUGCACAACUACCUCUCACCUUUACAUUACCUCGCACCUUUACAUUACCUCUCACCUUUACAUUACCUCUCACCUUUACAUUACCUCUCACCUUUACAUUACCUCUCAGCUUUACACUAACUCAAACCUGCACAGCUACCUCUCGCCUAUACAUUACCUCACAUCUGAAAACUAUUAAUAUCCUCACCAUUGGUGUACACAGCUACAUCACACCUGCACAACUACCUCAAACUUGCACAACUACCUCAUGCCUUCACCACUCCUUCAUUCCUGCACAACUGCUUUACACCUCUACAACUACCUCACACUUGCACAACUACCUCAGACUAGCACAACUGCCUCAUACCUUCACGACUACUUCAUACCUUCACCACUACUUUACACCUGCACAACUACUUUACACCUCUACAACUACCUUACACUAGCACAACUACCUCAAACUUGCACAACUGCCUCAUACCUUCACCACUGCUUCACACCUACAAAACUACUUUGCUUCUACAUUUACCUCACACCUGCACAACUACUUCAAACCUACACAACUACCCUCACAUCAGCACAUAUCUUUUCCUGGGCUGCAAUGAUACUUAUUAAAAACGUUAAGUUGGGAAUCGUACUAUUUCCCCGUAUCUGUUCAUCUUCUUUAGAAAGAUGCCCUAACUGCUUCACUGCUGUUCAAAGAAAAGUUUUUUUUUUUAAAAAUGUUAAAUCUUUUUGUUAAUAUACUUGACCUUUGGACUGAAGAAACUGGAUGAUCCUGUUAAUUGGGUUAAUCUUCAUUGAGAGAUAUCUGUUACCAGAGCCAUUGAAAUCAAUGACCAUCCGUAAAGACAAAAUCAAAUUUUCCGUCAAUAAGUCAGGCCAUAUCAUUUGUCAUAUCUUGAAUGUGCCCUUGAUGACUGUGUUUUCUACUCAAACAAAUAAUGUAGUUAAUAUCUGCAAAUCAGGCUGAUUAAAAUGUCUAUCUGCUCUUAAAGAAAUCAACAUUAUUUUAUUUCUGAUUUCAGAGGCCAGAAAACUUCCCAGUGCGCCUAGGAAAGUAACUGCCAGGGUUAUUCCCCCUAAUGAUAUUGAAGUGGCUUGGCGUGACCCUGACCUCCGGGUCCUAGGGAGAGUGCCAUCAGAAAGAUUAUAUGUAGUCAAGUAUGGACCACUUAAGACUAAUCAGCAAACAGUUCGGUCCAAAAGAAGGAAGGUCAGACUUUUGGGUGUACAGAUUAAUGCCACUUAUGACAUUGCAGUCAAGUCAAUUACAAUUGCUGACAACAUUUCCAGUCCUUGGAGUAAAACUAUAUCUUUGACUAUUCUUCCUGUUUCUGAAGGUAACAUUGUUUUAAUUGCUCACUGUAAAGUUUUAUGUGUUUGCUGUACAAUUGUAUUUGUUUCUGUAAAGGUUUAAUUGUUUACCAUAGAGAUUUUUAAAUUGCAGUUACCUUUUACUUUAGAUACUUUUAAAUAAUCAUACAUACCAAACUGUUUGUUAGGAUGACACUUAACAAGUAAAACACGUCCUGUGCUUUUCAUUUGUUUUUUAUUCAUGCUGUAAUAAAUUUCCCCUCAGAUUUUUAAAUAGGUCAACUAUCAUCUGGAGAUUAUGAGAUCAAUAAUUGUGUACCUGUAGUCUCAGUUAAAAAAAAAAAUAUAUCAGAAAUAACACUUCUUAAAAGUUAUUAUUUGUCUUAAAGUAAAUAAUAAUAAUAGACCUACAUCAGGCCAUUUAUUCCUUAUCAUUUUAAAAGCUUUUCUACCUAAUUCAUACCAAGCAUAUGUUGAACUCUUAUGACCAGAGACACUGUCACAUUCUUUUGAAUGAUAAAGCGCCGAACUCAAUUUUAGAAGCGAAUUAUUUUAAUUUAUUUCAUAGACCCGAACUCUGUGCGAAAUCUCACCGCCACACCCAUUUCUUCUGAUGCCAUACUGUUGUCAUGGCAGCCGCCACUGCAAGCGCAGCAGGUCUUGUCUUACACAGUUAUCUUUCAUCCGGCCAAUGGAAAAGGACGCAAGAGGAAAGCUACAGUCAGCAGGGAGGUGACAUUUUACGAGGCCAAGGAACUUCACCCCAAUAUUAUUUACAGUUUUCAAAUACAGACAAUGAUGGUAAUGUUCAAGGAACAAAUCUAAUUUUUAAUUUUCAUACACAGGUUCAAUCCAUAGAUCAAUUCAGCAGCUUCACAACCACCACCCCAACCUCAAAAAAAAAAAAAAUAAUAAUUAAAAAAUCACUGAAAAAUCUACAAGUACUUUAAAGGCAUUAUUGCUUUUUAUAAAUAACUUCUGUAGGAACUCUAUCUUACACAAAUCAUGAUGAGUAGAUGGUAGGGAUGUUCCAACUAAUUCCACUGAAGCUUUGUUGUGUUCUGUGUGCAACAUUUUUGUCAGUGUGCACAUUUUUGUUGCACAUUUAAAGAAAAACUAUUGAUUGGCUUAGAGUACAAAAUUACUACGUGAGCAAAUACUUGGAGAGCAAUUACUUGGUGUGCAAUUACUUGGUAUGCAAUUACUUGGUGUGCAAUUAUUUGGUGUGUAAUUACUUGGUGUGUAAUUACUUAGUGUGCAAUUAUUUAGUAAGCAAUUACUUAGUGAGUAAAUUACUUCUGAGCAAUUGCUUAGUGAGCGAUUACUUAGUGAGCAAUUACUUAGUGAGCAAUUAAUUAGUGAGCAAUUACUUAUUGAGCAAUUACUUAGUGAGCAAUUACUUAGUGAGCAAUUACUUAGUGAACAAUUACUUAGUGAGCAAUUACUUAGUGAGCAAUUACUUAGUGAGCAAUUACUUAGUGAGCAAAUUACUUAGUGAGCAAUUACUUAGUGAGCAAUUACUUAGUGAGCAAUUACUUAGUGAGCAAUUACUUAGUGUGCAAUUACUUAGUUAGCAAUUACUUAGUGAGCAAUUACUUAGUGAGCAAUUUCUUAGUGAGCAAUUACUUAGUGAGGCAUUACUUAGUGAGCAAUUACUUAGUGAGCAGUUACUUAGUGUGCAAUUACUUAGUGUGCAAUUACUUGGUGUGCAUUUACUUAGUGUGCAUUUACUUAGUGUGAAGUUACAAAGGGAGCAAAUUUUUUGUGAGCAGUUACUUGGUGUGCUAUUGCUUGGUGUGCAAUUACUUGAUGUGCAAUUACUUAGUGUGCAAUUACUUAGUGAGCAAUUACUUGGUCUGCAAUUACAUAUUGUGCAAUUACAUAUUGCGCACUUAUUUAGUGUGCAGUUACUUAGUGUGCAAUUACUUUGUGUGCAAUUACUUGGUGUGCACUUACUUAUUGUGCAAUUACUUAGUGAGCAAUUACUUGGUGUGCAGUUACUUAGUGUGCAAUUACUUAUUAAUCAUUUCGUGCUAAAAAUCAUACUGCCAACACUUCUGUAUGCAGAGCUUAAUAAACUGAAGUUUUAACUAGAUUAUUGUUGAAGCAAAAAGGCAUACAAUUAUGGAUAAAUGUAGAACAAUUAUAAAUAAUAGCACAAUUAUAUCUAAAUUAACAACCUCAAAAUUUUUUUGUUUCUUAUACAUAAUUUAUAAAAUGCUGAAAAUCUGAACGAAUGUGUUGUUAUCGUGCCAAGUUUGAGUUGAUUGGUUGACGGGAAGUGGGUAAAUUAGCCAUCAGAAGAUUUUGCCAGCCAUGAACAAAAUGGAAGUUAAUAUAAAGGAAUAAAAAAAUGUAGAUUGUAUUGUGUGUGUAGGCCAUUCAUGCCCUGUGUACAAGCGCAAGGUGUAACUGUUUGGCAAGAGUUGCAAGGUUCGUCUGCCAUGGGAAGCCACCACUGUGCCCCUACAUUAGAACUACUUGCACAUGGAUAGAGGGGGGGGGGGACAGGCCUACAAAAUCUGAGCUAUAUUUUCUAGAAACUGAAAUUUAGACUUAAGUCUUGAAUCAAUAUUUUAUAGCAAUCCUAAAUUGUUCUGUCUUGAUUUAUAAUUUUUAUAGGUAAAAGUACUUGUACACUUGUACAUGUGUUGUACUCUUGUACCUUUGUUGUACACUUGUAAAUGUGCUGAACACUUGUAUAUGUGUUGUACACUUGUUCAUUUCGUAGCAAUGGACUCCUCUGUACAAUCAUGUACUGCUGUGUAGUACACUUGUACAUUUCACCUCUCUGUACAUUCAUACAGUGCUGUGAUGUUGACAUGGACAUGUGUUGACAUUCAUCCAGAUUUAUCAUGAUCUUGUACUCAUGUUUUUUUGUUUUCUUUACAAGUUGAUUCAGGCCAACAAAUCCCACCCUCCCAGCUCAAGUGUGCACGCUAAGACUUUCUCUGGUAUUCCAAGCAGUGCUCCAAGGAUGCUCAACCUGCAGAUGAUAGACCCAACGGUAAGUUUUGAUUACAUUUGUCUUUUCUUUUUUUUUUUGUCAUUUUUAAAUGUAAUAUUCAAUACAGUUAGUUGAAAUAUAAAUGAUACAAAUGUGUGUUAACAUGUUUAGUUUCAGAUUAUUUUUUAGGAUUUUUUAGUUUAUUUUAUAUAUAAAAUAUUUCUAUCAUUACAAUUGGAUCAUCCAUCUCUGUUGUUACACUGUAAAAAGGCACCAAACUUUUUCUUGAUGGAUGGCUGUUGAAGAUAAUGAAUAAUGCAUUUGCUUUAUUUAUUAACGUUAGGGACCUUCUUAAGCUUAAUGUAUAUCUAUAAGAAAAGGGAUUUAAGAUGCUAUUUUAUGUCCUUAAAAUUGGCUAAAUCUGCAUGAGGUUAAAAAUGGCUAAAUCUGCAUGAGGUUAAAAAGGGCUAAAUCUGCAUGAGGUUAAACAUUGGCUAAAUCUGCAUGAGGUUAAACAUUGGCUAAAUCGGCAUGAUGUUAAAAAAUGCUUGUAUCUAUCAGAAGUGGUAAUUUGUUUGUUUAAAAAUGAGGUUAAGCAGAUCAUAUCUGACUAGAUUGUUAAAGAUAUUAAAUCUUAUCGAUUGUUGUAUAGAUGAUAUCUGAACAUAAUGAUGUGUACACAUAUAUCUGAACAGAUCGUUAAAUAGAUUAAAAGUGAAAAGAAUGUUACAUAGAUUUAUCUGAACAGAUUGUUAUAUAAAUUAUACCUCAACAGAUUGUUCAAGUCAAGUGGCUCCCCCCUGCUCCUCGCACAAGAAAUGGGGACAUAACUGGAUACACCCUGCAAUACAAACAAGAGGAAUCAAAGAAAGGGGAAGUACACACAGUCACAGCUGAGGCAAGUGUGAGGGCAUUUAACCUAACAGGUAAAGCCAACCAUUAUUUUAUUAUUUUAAAAACUUUUUUUGGCAGACAAGACCAACCAAAGAAGAAAUAAAUAAAUGAAAGAAUAGAUGUAACAAAAGAAUGAAUGUGUCUGCCUGAAGCCUCCUUCAGUGACCCAACAAAAGUGAAAACAAUAUUGAAAUUAAAAUAAACACUUCGUUGAUAUGCAGAUUUCUUAAAAUGGGGUCUCAUGUCAAUAAGUGGAUCCAAAAAUGAGUACUAGAUCAGAAUGAUGAUGAGGUCAGUAUAAAAUAUAACUACCCUCUUAACUAAUUCUUAUGGAAAUAGAUUUUUUUUAUUACUAAAAAUUUUAUACUAAAAAAGAAAUUUAAAUUGAUGCGCCCCCCCCACCCCCAACUUCCAGGUGACUCAAACAUCCCCCCCUUCCCCAAACCUCCAGAGAGAUUAUUAGGAAGUGAAGAUUUCCAUUAUAGUACAAUUACUCCCAAUUUCAGGGUGAAUAUUUUUAUUGGAUGAUUAUUUUAAUUCAUUCUCUCAGAUUGAUAGAAUCAAGUCAGAACAUGCAACAGUCAGUGGACAUUCUUUUUUUGGCUUUUUGCCACUGCCAAACGAUACAACUUUUUUCUUUUGGUAUCUUCUAUAGAUAUCCUGAGUAAUGAAAUAUACAGAGUUCGUCUGGCUGCCAAUACAGUAAAUGGAACAGGUCCUUUCACCAAAUGGGCCUCUAUAUUUGUGGUCCCAAAAACGUACCCCGAAAAUGGUAACAAAUGGAGUUAAUAAUUAAUAAGCAGCACCCUUUUAAAAAAAUGGAUUUGUUUUAUUUAAUAUUUAUUAUAUUCAAUGAAUUCGUUAAAAAAAUUAAUUUAUAUUUCUAAUAUCGAAAUAACAACAAAAAAUAACAAAAUAAAAACAUAGCUCUAAACUUACUUCAGGGAAAUUUUUAAAAAUCCUUGUAUAAUAGAUCUCUUCUUUUUUAAUCUAAAAUAAUGGUUUCGGCAUUGCCAGAUUUUUUUUCACAAAUCUGAUAUUAAUUAUAGAAAGUACAUUGAUUAAAAGUCAUCAGAUCUUUGAUUAAGAGAUGAAGUAGAGAGGAGCUAUUUACUUGGGCAUUCAAAAAUAUUGAUGAACAAACACAUUUAUUUUUGUAUGGACGUCAUCCACUCAGCAGACACAGGUUUUACUGUAAUCUUUGAUGUAAUUCAUGCAUUUUUUUUGGUCAUCUUUAACAAACAUGUAUUUAUGGGCAUCUUUGAUACAAUGUAGGCUUAUUUUUGGUAAUCUUUGGUAAUCUUCCAUACAAUGUAGGCCUAUUAAUGUUCAUCUUUGAUAUACAUGUAUUUAUUAUGUUAUCUUUCAUGUAUAUUUAUUUUAACCAAAUUUAGUUACCACAACCAACAAUAAUUUUGAUGUCACCUUGAGCACACCCCGACCAGCUACUUUGAAUCAUUUGCCGUCAUCGCCUUUCGAGGUUAAAAUUGUAAACAAAACAGGCUCCAAUGUUCAUUUAACUUGGCCAGUGCCCGCUGUACCUAAGUGCUGCCCAGUUGUUGCCUACAGAAUAAACAUACACAACUUCAAUGGUGAGUAACACAUUUGCAAUUUUUAAAGAUAAUUUUAGGAUAUUCAAAAAUGAAGAGACAUCUCCUUUUCCCAUUGGUAGCUCUGUGGCACAAUGGUAGCUCUUUGACACAAUGGUAGACAUUUGGCACAAUUCCAGCUCUGUGGCACAAUGGUAGCCGUCUGGCACUAUGGUAGCCUGUAGAACCAUGGUUGUUCUUUGGUACAAUGGUAGCUCUGUGGCACUAUGGUAGCUCUGUGGCACAAUGAUAGGCUUGUUAGCCGUAAUCAAGAGGUAACAAGGUUAAAUUACUCUGAGUACUAUUCCUAUGUGAAGACGCACAAGGGGAUUGGCCUCACCUGCCGAAUGAGCCAGGAUGUCAAGCUUUGGUGAAAAGCGUUAACCAAAAAAAAGCCAAACUGUCAUUAAAAAUGUCUAUACAUAAAUACAGUCUACACAUUAAAGGAAUGAACUGAUAAAAUAUGUUUUAUGGUUUAAUUUUUUUUUCAUUGUGAUUUAGAAUAGUAAUUACAUAUUAGUUUCUGUAACUCUUCAAUUAUUUUCCUUUCUCAAAGACUCACCAAAAAAAUUUCAUGAUGGCACAAUACAAAAUUUUGAAAUCUUAUUUAAGACGCGUCAUUCCAUUUCAUAAUAAAACCUUUUAUCUUGUCAAUAUGGUAGCGUAAUAAAACGCAUCAAUAACAUAUCAUGUGAGAUAGGGAAGUAGUUAACUUAAUAGCAAGGCAAUGCAGCAUUAUAUUUUAUUGACACUUUUUAUGUAGGAAACUUAAGUAAAGAAAAAAACGUAUAUUGAAAUUUCAGACUCGACCAAUGCAGAGAUUAUUAGAGAAACUCAUCAUGUACACCUGGAUGGCCUUGACCCCGAGACCUUGUAUGGGGUCAACAUCACAGCACUGAAUGCUGCCGGUGAAAGUGAGCCAUCCAAGGAACUUGUGUUUGUCACCCCCGCGGCAGGUCAUUGAUAUUUUGUAUGUCAUUAUGUAUACUUACUAUGUUUAUCUUUUUAACUUGUAAUGCUAUGUAAUAACAAUCUCAUGCUGAAACUAUCCAAAGGGUUAGAGAUUGCUUUCAUUUCCCAAGAUUGUCAAUUCACUUAUAUUCAUCAUUAUAAAACAUUUUUUUUCUCCCUAAUUUCCUGCUAUUUGUUAUGUUAUUACCUAUUAAAAUACUAGUUACCACUUUUGUAUUUAUUAUGAUUUUUCAUUUUCUUAACAUUUUUGAUAUGUCAUUGUCAACUGGUCAAAUGAAUGAUACCAAAUAUGAUCAGUCUAACCAAAUAAGAUUAAUAACAUUUAUGCUAACACAGUUUUCAGAAUGGAAAUACUUCAUUUUGGUGAAAUUGUUUAUCCAUCGAAUUAUGAGUGCACACAAAUGCGUCAUAGGGAGCUAAGAAACAUCUUAAAAUAUAAACUUUUUUUUCCUGGAAAAAUUUAACAUAAUUGGUGAUGUUGCGCUGGCAGUGCAGUCACCUGCCGUAUGUCUUACACCUGUAAAAUUACAGUUUUAGUACACAACAGCUGCAAGUAAUCAUUUUAGUUGAGUCAUUUAUAUAAAAUUAUUAUAUAUAUCAAUUUAUCAAGUAUAUCAAUUUAUUAUUUUUUUUAAUUUAUCACUUUUAUCGGUUUAUCAUUUUAUUAAAUUCAAAAAAUUAAAUACUUAUCUUUAUAUUAAUUUAUCAUUUCAAUCAAUUUAUUACAUUUGAUAUAUAUAUAUCUUUAAUAUAUCAAUUUAUUAAAUGACUUUCUUUUGUUUACAGUUCCCCCCAGUAUCCUUUAUUACCAGGCAACUAAUGUCAAUGUAGGCGGUAAUGCCAAUGUCACGUGUAAGGCUGGUGGACAUGAGCUGCCCACAAUUGAAUGGUCAAUCAAAACAAUGGAGGGCAAUAUCAGCUUGUCACAGGUUAGUGGAACAUCAGCUUGUCACAGGUUAGUGGAACAUCAUCUUGUCACAGGUUAGUGGAACAUCAGCUUGUCACAGGUUAGUGAAACAUCAGCUUGUCACAGGUUAGUGGUACAUCAUCUUGUCACAGGUUAGUGGAACAUCAGCUUGUCACAGGUUAGUGGAACAUCAUCUUGUCACAGGUUAGUGGAACAUCAGCUUGUCACAGGUUAGUGGAACAUCAUCUUGUCACAGGUUAGUGGAACAUCAGCUUGUCACAGGUUAGUGGAACAUCAGCUUGUCACAGGUUAGUUAAUGACCAGCUGGUCAAGGGUUAGUUGAAAAUCUGCUUGUUACAUGUUUUGUCUAGGUCAUAAAUCUAACUGGCUGAGGUCUUAAGAAUCUGACAUCAUUGCCAAAACAAUACAAACAAUUCACUAAUUGAAAUAUUUGAUAUAAUUGUAAACUUAGUUUAAGUGUUAUAUUUUAAACUUAGUAACUGAGUGUUAAAUUUUAAAUGUAGAUAGAAAUGUCCAGCGGGGUUUUUGCCGAGACACUAACUGUGACAUCACAUCAAGACAGUCCCGACAGUGUCUCUUCAUCCUUGCUGCUUUACAAAGUUACGCCAGCGACUCAAAGGGAAAUAAUCUGCAAGGCCAAGAAUCGUGCAGGGGAAGCACAAGGUUUAAUACGACUGGCUAUAAAUGGUAAGCAAUAGAUGCUAUAGAUGGUGAGCAAUAGAUGUUAUAAAUGGUGAGCAAUAGAUGCUAUAGAUGGUGAGCAAUAGAUGUUAUAAAUGGUGACCAAUAGAUACAAUAGAUGCUGUACAUAGUGAGCAAUAGAUGCUAUAGAUGGUGAGCAAUAGAUGCUAUAUAUUGUGAGCAAUAGGUGCUAUAAAUGUUGAUCAAUAGAUGCUAUAAAUGGUGAGCAAUAGAUGCUAUAGAUGGUGAGCAAUAGAUGCUAUAAAUCGAUAGCAAUAGAUGAAUAACAAUUUUUUGAAAUGAAAAUUUCUCAUUGUCUUGUUGAGAUUUAUGAUGACAUUUGAUUGAUAUACUGAUGAUAUUUGAUUGUUAUACUGAUGAUAUUUGAUUGUUCUACUAAUGAUAUUUGAUUAUUAUACUGAUAUUUGAUUGUUAUUCCCAUUUCAAAUAAAAGUUUAAUUUUAGAUUUGUUGUGGUUUAGUAAGGAUACGUUCCAGUGCGGCAAUAAAUGGGGUUGUAUUGAUGUAUCCAUUUGACAUGUACAUAUUUCUGUUUUAAACUUCACCUUGAUUACCUAUCAUUUAUUUAAAUAUAUAUUUUUUCUGUUGCCCGUAGAAACAUAAGUUAUAUAUUUUCUAAUCUACAUACUUUUUUUAAAUUAUAUUAUAUUUUAAAACAUAAACAAAUGCUGAUCAGUGUUUGCAAUGUGAGAUCAGCUUUUGUGUAGAGUUGACCCUGUCAACAAACACCAUCCACCACCAAAUUAUCAGAGUUUGUUAUGUGAGAUCAGCCGUUGUCAAGGGGUAGCCAUUUCACCAAACACCAUCCACCACCAAAAUAUCAGAGUUUGCUAUGUGAGAUCAGCUGUUGCCAAGGGGUGGCCAUGUCACCAAACACCACCCAGCACCUUAUACACACUAUGUUAUUUAAAUAAAGUCUAAAAGUAGCAAACACCUUAUUACAAUAUCCCAUCAUUUUAGUCUAACAUGUCAUUAAAAGAUCUUAUAAUUUAAGUCAAACAUGUCAACCAAAUAUGAUUUUGAAAUUUAUUUCACAGAACCUCCCAGAAUCCUUUCAGCUCAUGGGGUCACUGUCAUGGUCAGCUCACCUGGCAGGAUGGUGUGUGAAGCCUAUGGCCGACCAGUGCCUGAAAUUAUCUGGAUCCACAUGGAGUAUAAUACAGUUUAUAAGGAGGUCAGUGGUCAGGUCAUUCAACACAUUUUGUUUAAGAAGGUCAGUGGCCAGCUAACUCAACACACUGUAUUUAAGGAGGUCAGUGGCCAGCUAACUCCACAAAUGGUUUUUGUUGGUCGCCUGUAAUUCUGUAAACGUUAAUAUUGAAUAUGUUUUUAUGAUAGGUUAGUAUGACAGGACAGUAAUUUUUUUUUAUUUCAGUAGUAGGGUCAGUGGGUAGGGUGGGGAAUGUAAGGGUGAUGACAUUGAUUUAAGACGGACAGUUCAAAUAAUAAUAUUUCCUCAUUUCUGCUUGAUUCACUUAAAAGAUGAACAUAGUUAACACUACCCUGUUUUCCACAUCCCCUUCUGAGAAAAUAUAAUAUCAGAUUUCUAUGUUUAUCAUUUGAAUUAUUUUUUGGGGAGAUAAUGAACAUCUCCUAUUGGUUAACUUGACGAGUCUCCCAAUGUCGCUCAUCUACUAUUGGUUAACGUGACGAUAGACUCACAUGUGUCUCUCAUCUGCUAUUGGUCAACCUGAACACAGACUUCUAUGUUUUUCUCAUCUCCUAUUCUUCAAUCUGACCGCAGUCUCCCUCUCCCUUAUUAUUUUAACUUAUUCUAAUGUUUUAAACAGUGAGGAAUAAUGUUGAAAUCACUUUAACAAGUUAUGAUUAAUGAUUGUUGUCUGAACAUUCGCAUGGACUAUAUUCACCAAAUCUAUUAUAUCCAUCUGAUGAUCAGCUAAAUAUAAUUUGAGAACAAGUACAUUUUCAGAUAUCCAUCUAAAGAUCAGCUAAAUAUUUGAGAACAAGCACAUUUUCAGAUAUCCAUCUGAUGAUCAGCUAAAUAUUUGAGAACAAGCAAAAUUUCAGAUACCAUCAUAUUGUAGUUGGUAUUUGGUAUAAAUGUGUUUUGAUUUGAUGAGUAAAAUCUAUUUGUAGGCUGAAUUAAUAGUUCAUCUUGUAUUUAUCCGUAUCCAGGGAAUAAGCAAUGACAGAGAUGGUACGGGUGUCACUUCUGUCAUUGAUGAUGCCAAUUCCGUCAUACAAUCCUCUCUUCUCAUAAACGGCAGCAGGCUGGCAGACAGGGGCACAUAUUCUUGUGUGGCCAGAUCACAAGCUGGCAGGGCUGAGGCUAAUGUAAUCUUGGAUGUCAAAGGUGGGAAUUUUGCUCUAUAGGUCAUGUCAUGGGCAGAUUUAAGGUGGAAAAAUAAAUUGUUAUGUAGGUAAUUUUACUGGAAGGUCAAACAAAUCUAUAGGUCAUAUCAUGGGAAAAAAAUCUAAGGGAGGAAAAUAAAAUAGGUUAUAUUACUAGGAGGUCUAAUAAGGGCAAAUGUUCUAUAGGUCAUGUCAUGAAAUGUAAUAGGGAGGAAAAAAUUCUACAGAUUACAACACCUGGUGGAAAAACUUUUAUAGCUAAUUUUAUGUGGGAUUUAAAUGGUGUGAAAACUGUUUGACACCGCAUAUUAUGUCGGAUUUCAAAGCUGUUUAACAUGUUACAGCUUAUAAAAAUUCAGACUCUGAAAUUUAAUUAUUGUUUUUAUGACAGUAAUGAUUCAAUAUUAUAGUCUAUAAGAUUGGGUUCAUUAAAAAAUUGUUUGCCUUUGAUGAUUGAACAUUGAAGGUCUUGAUUGCGCCAUUGCCAUUUCAAAUAUAAUUUUAAUUACUAUUCUCUUAUUUAUAAAUGACCAGUUCCACCCCCUCCCCCUGUCACCAAGAUCCAGACUAUUCCCUUGUCACCUACAAGGUUAUCUGUCAACUGGCUACCUCCCCUUAACUACAAUUUCACCAUUGUAUAUUAUCAGGUGAGAAUUAUUUGUGUAUUCAUUGCAGCGUUUUAAAGAAAAAUUGUCACAAUAUCUUUUUGAUAUAUAAAGAAUGUAAUUAGUAAUUUAAAAAUUAAUGGUUUACAAGCAUUAUUAACUGGUCAAUAAUUUCUUGGUUAUAUGUCAGGUCCAUGCCACUGUUAUGUUUAAUAAUGAAACUUCCUUGCUUGAUUUUAACAUUUGAAUAGGAACUACAUUUGAGACAAUUUGUUUAAUUGUAGAGUUAAAAAACAGUUUUGACAUUAAAGAAAUCAUAGAGUUUAGUAGCAGUUGAAGUUCCAGGCUUCCGGUUGACAAGUCGGCUGUGGCUUGCCGAUUAGGAAGCGUCGGCCACCGACCCCCUCGGCGUGUGCCGGGAAACAUAACUACUGGGUUCGCCCCUUGUGUGCAGACAAAGGGUGUGCUCGGUACCUGCCGUACAUAAAACAGCUCCCACAGGGCUGCCGGCUGUGAUAUUUCGCAGUCGGAAAGUUAGGCAGAGCCAGGGUAGGGAUCAUGAUUACAAGUUGUUUUUGACGGGUAUGAGGCCAAAGGUGAGGGUGGUAACCUCUGGCCGAGGAUUCAAAUAAUGCAGCCGUGAGAACGCUGCCCCUAGGCAACCGUUUUGUCCCAGCUACAGCGGGAAGUAGUCGCGUUGUGGAAGCCCACUGUGGAAUCCCUCUUAUAGGGCGUCCGACGCUUUCCCGGGAUGGGUGGGGGAAGAUAUUAGGAUGUAAAUUUUUCCAUCCCAACUCCUGAGAAGGUCCAUCGAGUGCACUAUUUAAACGCAUAGUGUCGGAUCGACCGGGUGCCUCCUGAUUGGGGCGGCCCUCAGGCGGGGUCCUGGUCGAGCGCCCAAGCGCCCAGGCGGGGGACUUGGGUGGGGGGCCCGUGUGGGGGCCGUCCUGGCGAGUGGGCAUCUCCAACGUGCCGGUCCGCGGCCAGAUACAUCGGACCGGGGAGGGGUAAUUUGGGGGGGGCAUAAGAGUCUAGACUCGCCCCGCUGACGCCAUUUCUUAAUGUAACAUUUCAGUAGCAGUUGAAGCAUUAAAGAAAUUGUAGAGUUUAGUAGCAGUUGAAGCAUUAUAGAAAUGAUGAUUGGCCAGAAAAAUAUGAUAAACAUUUUUCCAUUGUAUGUUCAGGUGAGCUACCGCAAAAAGGGUGAAAGUCAAUCAAGCGUGAUCAAUGCAACAAGAGUGGGGACAGAACUCUAUGACUUGGACCAGAAAACAGAGUAUUUAGUAGGUUUGUUAACAUUGUCACAAUUGUUAAUUAUUUUGGUCAGCAUUUUCAUAAUUGUUUUGAGAAUGUGUAAACAUGAUCAUAAUUGUUAAACAGCAGCAGUGGUGUAACGUUGUCAAAAUGUUUAAAUACGCUUGUAAGCAUUGUCAAUUAUUGUUCUGAAAAUUUGUCAGAGCUAUCGCAAUUUUUUUUAAAUAUUUUUUUUUUAUGUGGUCACAAUUGUAAAGUAGUGCGGUAUACAUAAAUAUAUAGGGCCAAUCAUAUUUGACAUAUUAAUCAUCAUUUUGUCCCUGAUCAGAUUUGUUUGUGAUCCGAUGUCAAAUAAAAUCUUUUUUUGGGUGAAUUGCUCGAAUUGAAGAGAUUUUUAAUUAACAAAAGUCUACAAUUGGAAUAUAUCAGGUGUGACAGCUGGAACUGACGACAGUUUAGGGGAGCCAGGGCCUGAGGUCAAGGUCACAACACUGACCAAUGAGGGACUGGAGCCAGCAAACAUGUCAGCAAAGACACUCAACUCAACUGUGAGUCAAGGUCAUGUGAUAUAACUUCCCCAUCUCUUUCUACUAUUCACAGAACUGUGGUUAAAUUGAUUGUAUAAUGAAUUAGUUUGUAAUUAUAGCUAAAUUUAUAUAUUAACAUCUAUGGUUCUGAAUUAAUUAAUUGUAUUUAUUUUGGUUAAGAUAAUUUAGGGUGAGCUUAUUGCCUUGAAAUUUUUUUAUUCAUUUCUGGAUUUGAAGUGAAAUACUAGUGAGACAUUACUCGUAUUGUGUCAUAUUUUUUGUUACUAACAGUUUUUAAUGAGGCCUAUUUAAAAUAUAGGUCAUUCAACUGGACUGGGAGGCACCAGACAAUGUGUCUCCGAUGUACAUCAGAGGUUUCAACAUUUAUUAUAAGACGGAAGGGGACACCAGAGCAGAGAAAGUUUUUGUUAGAGGAAGCAGAAAUAAACAGUUGCUCAUUGGUUGGUGUAUUUUUUAAUAUAGCUUUUCUCUUUGGUUGGUGCAUUUUUAAAUAAAGCUUUUCUCAUUGGUUGGAACAUGUUUAAAAAUUUUUCUCCUUUAAAAAAAAACCAUUCUCAUUGGUUGGAACCUAAUUUAUACAUUUUCGGAUUAACCUUCCGCAACAAGACCAAGUGUUGUGUAUCAGUUUGAUAUGGUUAAUGAGUGACAUACAAAUACAAAUGUUAAAACAAUUCUACUAUAUGGAGCAGAAACUUGGAAAACAGCCGCGAGCACUACACAGAAAGUGCAGACAUUCAUAAACACAUGCCUUAGCCUUAGAAAAAUCCUCAACAUCUAAUGGCCAAAUACUAUCACCAACAAAAAUCUACUAGAAAGACAUACCAGGUGCCAAUUGAUGAAGAUAUCAUAAAGAAAAUAUGGAGGUGGAUAGGGCAUACUCUCCGAAAACCCCCAGAUAACACCACCAGACAAUGCCUAACAUGGAACCAACAGGGAAGAAGAAAGAGAGGAAGGCCUAAGAAUACAUGUAGACGUGAGCUAGAGGCAGACACACAAAAUAUGGGAUACACCUGGAGGCAAUUGGAAAGGAAAGCACAGGACCCUGAUGAGUGGAAAAUUCUUGUGGACGGCCUAUGCCCCAGAUGGGGUUGAAAGGCAUCAAGAAAAAGAAAAAAAGAAUGAGUGACUGGUUAAAUUAGUUUAUUUUAAUGAAAUUUUGUCAAAUGAUUAUUUUUUUAAAGUUAUUUAACCAACAUACAAUAUAAAAUUCAUCACCAUUAAUUAUUUUUAAAAAAUUUCCUCAAUAACCUUGAGAUUCUCAAAAUCAUAAAUUUUCCUUGUUAGACAGCAGAAGUAACCUGAAGUAUAAAUAGGGAUCAGUAUAGAUAUCUUAUUAUGUGUAAUAUAUCAAUAUGAUUUUUACUAAUUCAUAAUAAGAUAAUGUAUCAGUGUUAAACUAAUAUGAAAAAAAUAACUUCCAAGAGCAAGAAAAAAUAGAAUUGUUAAACUUAAAAACACUAACGUGCAUCACUUUGAAAAAACAGUGGACUUCUUCACUCUAAAGGCAUUUUUUACACACUCAUCCCCCUUGGCCUAUAAGAACAUUAAAUUACUGAUAAGCAGAGGUCACUGUCAUCUCUCAUUAAAGUGUGGGAAACAGAAAUGUUUGGCUUGUAUCGAUCUGAUCCAGUGCGCCUGAUGGAGGGUUAAAAUACAGCUUUUCUCAUUGAUUGGAAAAUAUUUUCUCAUUUAUAUAAAUAUUUUUUCAUUUGUUGGAAUAUAUUUCAAAUAGUUUCUCAUUUAAAAAAAGCUUUUCUCAUUGGAGAGUGCAUUUUAAAUACAGCCUUUCCUAAUGGUGGGUAAAUACUUUAAACAAACAUUAGAUUAGUCGGAAUAUAUUUUUAGAUAAUAAUUUAUAAUUGGUCGGUGUAUCUUUAAAAAGUUUAUCAGUGGUAUUUUUAAAAAAAAUUGUAUUAAUUUUUUUUUUAUUGGUAUGUAUCUUGAAUAUAUAUUUUAAAGGGGCUAAGAAUUUUAAACAGACAUUUUCUAUGUACAACUUAUUAUAAAAUAAAAAAGUAAUUGUUAGCUACUGGAUUUGAUCUUUUAUUUAAUGUUUCCUUGAACAUGUCUUGCUUACACAAUGUUAAGUGCCUAAUGUUUUCGUGCCAGAAUUCAAAGACUGGUGACAGAGAAAGUCUAGCAAAGUUAGGAAUUUAAAAUGAAUCCCCUGAAGAAUAAAUCCUUGCUCUUGUAUACUGUGUGGCAUAUGAAGUUACCAUAACAUGUUUCCGUUUGAAUGGAGCAAACUUUGUAAUGCCCUAGACUGUUACAGAUAUUUAUAAAAUAUGACUUUUAUAUUAUUUUACCAAGGGUCUGGCCAGAAUGCCACAUAUUAUCUGCGUAUUUCAACUUUGAUGACUUGGGGAUUUGAAGCUCAUUCCAAUUGGAUACGGAUACAGAAACAUUCUACUUGUGAGAGCUAAAUAUUGAUGUAACUUUCUUGUAACUUGUGUCAGGUUGGCAUGUAACAAUCAUGUAACUUAUGGCAUGUGACUUUCUUCUACUCUGGCAGGGUGGGAUGUAACUUUCACGUAACUUAUGCCAUGUGACUCUCUUGUUACUCUGGCAGGGUUAAAUGUAACUUUUGGCAUGUAACUUUCUUGUAACUUGUGUCAGGGUGGCAUGUAACUUUCAUGUAACGUAUGGCAUGCGACUUUCUUGUUACUCUGGCAGGGUGGGAUGUAACUUUCAUGUAAUUUAUGGCAUGGGACUUUCUUGUUACUCUGGCAGGGUUAAAUGUAACUUUCACGUAACUUAUGGCAUGUGACUUUCUUGUUACUCAGGCAGGGUGGGAUGUAAUUUCCAUGUAAUUUAUGCCAUGUGACUUUCUUGUUACUCUGGCAGGGUGGGAUGUAACUUUCAUGUAACUUAUGGCAUGGGACUUUCUUGUAACUUAUGGCAUGUAACUUUCUUGUAACUUGUUGCAUGUAACUUUCUUGUAACUUGUGGCAUGUAACUUUCUUGUAACUUGUGGCAUGUAACUUUCUUGUAACUUGUGUCAGGGUGGCAUGUAACUUCUUGUAACUUGUGGCAUGUAACUUUCUUGUAACUUGUGUCAGGCUGGUAUGUAACUUUAUGUGUCAGGGUGACCUGUAACUUCUUGUAACUUGUGGUAUCUAAUUUUCUUGUAACUUGUCGUAGGGUUGCCUGUAAAUUUAUUGUAAUGUGUGGCAUGGUUGCAUGGCCAUUCAUUUGAUUCAAACUCUGAUUAGAAUUUCAAUUUUAAAAAUCCUUUUUCCACAACUUUUUAAAAUUUGGGUCAAGUAUUUGUCACACAAAAACAGAGCUGCACAUAACAUCUACAAUGUACAUUUUGUCGUGAUUAUCAUUAAAGUAUGAAAUUAAUAUUUUCUUUUUCAGAAGUUAUAUGUUAUAAUAUGUUAUACAUUUGUGGGGCAGCUGUUUCAUCAUUGAGGUUCCAUAAUUAAUUUUUCAUCAAUAAUUUUUCACAAUUGAUGAUUCAUCAUUUAAUAUGAGCUCAUUAAUUUUAAUCAAUAUUCUUUCAUCUUAAUAUGUCAAUAUUGUUGCUUCAGCUUUCCUGCCUCCAGCCAAGAUUUCUUCAGGCAAUGCCGUAGCCAAACAAGAGAAGAUAACGCUUACAUGGCAGGCUGUAGAAUUUGCUAAAGUUGGUUUCAAAUAUCAGAAUAUAUUUGUUUGUAAAAAUAGACUUGUUUAUCAAAAUAUACUUGUUUGUAAAAUAGAUUUGUUUGUAAAAAUAGACUUGUUUGUAAAAAUAAACUUGUUUGUAAAUAGAAUUGUUUAUCAAAAUAGACUUGUUUGUAAAAAAUAUAUUUGUUUGUAAAAAUAGACUUGUUUGUAAAAAUAUACUUGUUUUUAAAAUAGAUUUGUUUGUAAAAAUAGAAUAAAAUGAGUAAAACAGAGUAGGAUUAAACCUGAAAAAAUAAACGCAACAAAACAGCGAACGUGCCGACACGUUCGCUGUUUUGUUGCGUUUAUUUUUCCAGGUUUAACCCUACUCUGUUUUAUUCAUUUUAUUUUGUACUAACCUGAUUGCAGUCUCUCCCCUUAUUACCCCUUUGUAAAAAUAGACUUGUUUGUAAAAACAGACUGGUUUUACAAAGUCAAAAAAAAAAAAAAUUACCAAAAUAUCUUCUACCUGUGUUUCUCAGGGUUACAAAAUUGUCUACGGUCCACUGACUGACCCACUCAAUGUGAGAAGAGCAACAGUUGCGGCUGAUGUUAAGGAAUUUGACAUAGAUGAUUUACGUAAGUUGUCACUGAUGAUCUAAGUAGGGAAUAAGAGAUGACACAGUUAAGUUGCCAUAUAUGAUUUAUUUAAGUUGUCACAGCUGAUCUAAGUAAGAAGCUAUCACAGAUGAUCUAAGUAGGUAGUAAGAGAUAACACAGGUAAGUUGUCACAGAUGUUCUAAGUAUUUUGUCAUAAUUAAAUUAAAAAGUUGUCACAUAUUUUCAUAAGUAAUUUGUCAAUUUUGAUCUAAGUAAGUAGUCACUAAUGAUCUAAGCAGGUUGUCACAGAUGUUCUUAAGCUAGCUUUUUAAAGAUGAUCUAAGUAGGUUGUCACAUAUAAUUACAUAAGUAGUCACUGAAAAUUUAAGUUUCUCAAAGUUGACAUUAGGCCUCUAUUUAUAUUUUUUAGGUUGUCUACUCAUGUGGUCAAUAUUAUAGGUUGGCUCUUAUGUUAUAGUGCUAUAAUUUGAUAGUGAUAUCUAAACAAUUUUAAAUUAGCUAUUUUAUUAUAGUACUGCCUAAGUAUUUAUAAAAUGGCUAUUAUAUUAUAGUGAUAUCUUAACAAUUAUAACUAUGCUUUUAUAUUAUAGUGCUAUCUAAUCUAUUAUAACAUGACUAGUAUCAUUAUAUUAUAGGGCUAUCUUAAUAGUUAUGUCUUAACCUGUAUAAAAUUUCAGUGCCUUCCACCAAGUAUGUUGUGUCCAUCAGGGCCUACAAUGAGGCAGGCGAUGCUGAACCACUCUACAUACGAACAGCUACACAAGGUAACUAGGUAACAAAAUCACACCAAAAAAGGGCAAUAUACUUUAGACAAAAAUCAUAUAAGAAAUUUUGUGUUGUCCCCUGUAAUUAGGAUAUGCAGUGGAUUAGCUGGGGGAUGGAAGAAAUGUUGUGUUGUCCCCUGUAAUUAGGAUAUGCAGUGGGUUAGUUGGGGGAUGAAGAAAUAUUGUGUUGUCCCCUGUAAUAAGGAUAUGCAGUGGAUUAGCUGGGGGACAGAAGAAAUGUGUUGUCCCCUGUAAUUAGGAUAUGCAGUGGAUUAGCUGAGAGACAGACAAAUGUUUAAUUGUAUCUUGUAAUUAGGAUAUGCAAUAGUUUUAGCUGGGGGACAGAAGAAAUGUUGUUAAGACCCAUUGAAAGCAUCUUUGAAAGCAUUUUGCACUGACCUGGACAUUGGGGAACAAUCCUCGAAGAAUCUAAACUUGUUUUGCUCUUCCAUAAAUAAGGGUUUAAUACAACAAUAGGCUGACAGAGCAGCUGCAGCAGAACACAAGAGACUAGGGGUAAAAUCCAGAAGUAAAAUCCAGAGUUGCCCCAUACAUCUUCUGCACCAGAACUUUUCAUGCCACAAUUGGCCUGAUCAUCCAUCUGCACUCCCACAGACAUUUUCAACCCCAGCAACAGACAGAUUCCACAGCAACAACAGACCCAUGUUUAGAAAUGGUCUUGGUUAACCUUCCACAGACAAAAAAUUAUACUUUUUUUUUACAGAAACUCAAAUUCGUCACAGAUUUAAUUCAAAUUUUUAGUUUAAAGAAUGAUGGUUUUCAAAAUAUUUUGUAAUGAAAAAUUUAGGUUUAAAAAAUAUUUUUGUUUUUAUAAAAUAUUAUUCUGUUAGUUUUUUCUAGUGUUCUCUUAGUUGGACAUAAUAACUUUGUAUAUCUUCAGCACCACAUAAUUCUGCAGUGGUUUAUACACAAUAAUUAUUGUCAACUUUUGAUUUUAGCUUUUUAACAAAAAAUUCUAACAUUAAUGUUAUUUUAUCUAACAAAUUAGCCUAUCAAUCUAAUGUUAUAUUGCCCUACAUAUUAGCCUAGCCAUCUAAUUUAUAAUUUUCUUACAUAUUAGCCUAUCCACCAAGCAUGGUCAAGCAUGCCAAAGCCCUGGUCAUCUCAUCCACAAAAAUACAUGUUCAAUGGGAGCCGCCAGAGAGGGGUCAUGUGACCAGGUACCACAUCCGUUACUGGCGGCCAGGUCACAAGGACAAACAGAGUGCCUGGCUCAGUGGAAGUUCAUUGAACUAUGUGGCGGGCAGUUUGAAAAAGUUUAGUAACUACAGGUAAGGGAAACUUACAGCAUUAACAACACAGGUGAAUGGGCAUUAAAAAACAAGGUGGAUGUGCAUUAACAACACAGGUACAUGUGCAUUAACAAUACAGGUAGAUGUGCAAUAACAACACAGGCAAAUGAGGUUAUUUAAAAUUUUUUUUUUUUAUAUAUAUUUAUGUGAGUACAGAAGUUAAAAAUAACAGAAUUUGGAACAAAAUAUAGUAGAUCAACUUUAUGAGAUUUCACUAUAGUAGUGCCCGUUUAACCAGAGUUGUCUCUAUGGAUAGGUAACUGGAGAAACAGAUGUAAUAUUUCUGAAGAACAUUUGUCUCAAAUAACAAGAGUAAAGGAUUUCAUAGAUUUCAGCAUCUUAAUGCAAAAUUAUCAUUUAAACUAAUUCAUUUUGUGCUUGCCCUUAAAUUAAGACUACUCCUUUCCAUUUCCAGAAAACAUUCAAACUAAAAUUCAAGAAAUCCUCUUGCACUGGCCAUGCAUCUGUUUACACUUAAUUUAAGAAUAAGUUAUUUUAAGUCAUGUGACCUUAGAAAAAUAUUGUCUUUUAAAUUGUUUCUGACCUCUCACUGGAUCAUUAUGUUUCCAACAUCAGGUUUGAGAUCAUCCCUUAUGACGGUGCAUUACUUGGUGAAGGGAUUGUCAUGUUUGCUCAAACUUUUAGUGACAAACCUGACGGCCCGCCCAAGGAUGUUCAGAUCCAGCCCAUCAACUCAACAGUAAGAAUUGUCAAUGUAGUAAAAUUGUCAAUGUAGUAGAAUUAUCCAUGCAGUAGAAUAGUCAUUGUUGAAUAAUUGUCAAUGCAGUAGAAUUGUAAAUGUAUUAGAAUUAUCAAAGUAGUAGAAUUUUCAAUGUAGUAAAAUAGUCAAUGUUGUAGAAUGCUCAAUGUAGUAGAAUUCACUAUAUAGUAGAAUUGUCAAUGUAGUAAAAUUGUCAACAUUGAGGAAUUGUCAAUGUAGUAUUGUAACUGAUGACAAACUGGAACUAUUGUAUUUAUUUUUAAAUUUAAAUUAGUACAGAAAAAUGACAAAAUACCUACAUGAAUUGACUAAAAAUGACAUGAAAUAAAAUAAAUUUUGUUUACAGCAUUUCAGAAUUAUCUUGACAUUGUAAUAAUAAAGUAUCCGGACUAAACACUAAAAAUAUGGAGACAAAAUUAUGAAUCAACCGUAUACAACAAAAGUGUCAUGUCACUAUUCCAGGUUUAGGUAUUCAAUUCUGACUAUUCAACUCUGCAGGUAUAUUUUAAUAUUUCCAUAUUACUUUUUUUUAUAUGCAUCAUUUUCCUAGGCUCUCCUGGCCACUUGGAGUCCACCAGACCCUGACGAGGUCAAUGGGGUCAUCACAGGGUACAAGCUGAUACUGAGGGAGAGAGAUGGACAGAGGCUGGCCAGCUUUAGAGUCUCCAAGUUGAUGACAAACUUCACCUUUUUGAGUGAGCAAUUUGAUUGUAACAGUGUCCAGACAACAACACACCAGUGUAAUGUCAAGUUAGGGCAUAGCUUGCAAAAUAUGGGUCAUAGUUCAACAAAAUAUAGGUCAUAGUUCAGACAAUAUAGGUCAUAGUUCAGACAAUAUAGGUCAUAGUUAAGACAAAAUGGUGCAUAGCUCAAACAAUAUAGGUCAUAGUUUAGACAAUAUGGGGUGUAGCUCAGACAAUAUGGGGCAUUGCUCAGACAAUAUGGGGUAUAGCUCAGACUAUGUGGGGCAUAGCUUAGAAAAUUUGGGGCAUAGCUCAGACAAUAUGGGGCAUAGCUCAGACAAUAUGGGGUAUAGCUCAGACAAUGUGGGGCAUGGCUCAGAAACGAUGGAGCAUAGCUCAGACAAUAUGGGGCAUAGCUCAGACAAUAUGGGUCAUAGCUCAGACAAUAUUGGGCAUAGCUGUUCCAAAAUAGGGCAUUACUCUGACAAUAUGGGGCAUGGGUUAGACAAUAUUGGGCAUUGCUCAGAAAAUAUGGGGCAUGGGUUAUACAAUAUAGGGCAUUGCUCAGAAAAUAUAAGGCAUAAUUCUUUCAAUAUAGGACAUAACUUAGGCCAUAGAGACAUAGCUCAGACAAUAUGGGGCAUGGCUUAAACAGUAUAGGGCAUAGCUCUUUCAAUAUAAAGCCUAGCUCAGACAAUAUGGGGCAUGAUAAUGCUACAAUGUCCACUUAAAAAAACUUUUAUCAAUUCGUCUCAGUUAAUUCACAUGCCAUACUUCUUUCUCCAGAUAUGUCCACAUCAAAACCCUACACAUUCCGUAUAGCAGCCAUGACCAUAAAUGGGACAGGGCUGUACUCACCUUGGGUGGAGUCGACAUUUCCUGCAGGUGGGAAUUUACCCGAAAACUGAUGUCACUCUAAAGUUGUUAUGUAAAAUGUAUUGUUAUGAAUGCAACAUUCCUGUGUGGUGAACUCUUCCAUAGAUUUCUAAGCAACUUAUCAGGAUUUGUUUCUGUUUAUCCCCAGUUCCAACAAGACCUGACCCCCCUGAGAGCCUGACUGCUGUUGCCACAGAACAUUCAUUGACUUUACAUUGGAGGGAGCCACCACUCAGAGGUAAUGACUUUAACAUCAUGGGGACAGAACUCAGACAAUCCACUAGCAGGGGACAGAACUCAGACAAUCCACUAGCAGGGGAAAAAACACAUAAUACAAGAGUUCUAUAUUGAUUACAAAGAAAUGAAACACUAAAAAUUUAAAAUAUGUUACAUUUUUUUUUAAUUUACACAAUUCAUUUUCAAGUAUCUUCAUUUGUGCAAUGUUGAUUUGCACUUUGGUAUUUACACAGUUAGUGUUCAAGCAGAUUCAAAAAUAAGAUUGAUAUGGAAUCUUAUGUAUUUUGUUAAGAGAUUUGUUUAAAGAGUAAUAAUGAAAGCAGCAGUGUUUCACAGCAUUACUUUAGCCAACAAUUCAACUUGAAUCUGAGACUAACACUAAAAACUUUAAAUGAUGACUUGACGAAUAAAUAAAUUGACUAAACUGUUACCCCAGGAUUUCCCUUACAUGGCUACGUGGUGGGCUAUGGCCAGUUUAUCCCAGAGGUCUACAGGAAGAUCCUUGGUCCUUCACAAAUGUCUUACACAAUCAAGUCAUUGAGUGAGUUGACAAGUGUUUUGGCUUUUGUGUGCAUGAGGCACAAAAACAGAAACAUACGUUUUUUUAUUGUAUCUUUAAAGACAAUGGUCUAUACAAAUUAUUUAACAUAUUGAAUAUAAAAUAAGUAAGUAAAUAAAUGCAUUUAGAUCAAGAAAAACCUAUUUUGAUAUAAUUAAAUUAUGAUUUCAAAUGUUAUAAUUGUUCAAUGUGCUUCCGUCAUCAGAACCAGACUCUGAGUAUAUUAUCAGUGUCAGGGCAUUCAACCAGAUUGGAGAGAGUUCACCAACAUUUAUACUAGCUAGAACUAAAGAAGGCAAGGGCUAUAUUUAUGUCUUUUAGCACAGGCUACACCAGUGGUGAGAAAACUUUGUGUGCGUAGGGCCACAUUGACAAAUGAAAAGCUGCUGGAGGGCAGCAUAUAUAUUUUGCCAUAUUAGAGUUACAUUACGAAGGUCAAGGAUUGUUUACAAUAAUAGAAAAUUUGGAAAGAAAUUUUAUAACAAAUGUUAAAACAAUCAUAAUGGUACAUGAAAUUCUGUAAAAUACAACAAAAUAAAUUAAAAACGAAGUAAUUUUUUUUUAUAUUUCUUAAUGCCCUCAGGAGCAUAAUAACAUCAGUUGCCAGGUCGUGGUUUUCCCAUCCCUGGGCUACUCAGAUCUAUCCAAUUUUUUACAUUUUUUUUAUUUUUUACUCUAGUAAUCAACAUAAAUUCUUACAAAUAUUGAAAACUUUUAAACAAUGUUAUAAAUUAUUAUUUAAAAAAAAUUAUAACUGAAAAUAAAAAGCUAAAAAAUAUAUAUAUAUUUUUAUAGUUUUAUUUGAUAUGCUAUACAACAAUGUUUGUAUUUAAGAGUUAUCCUAGAAUGGGAUCAUUCUAGACUUUGAAGAUAUCAUCCUAGACUUGACAACAUAUGAAAAAAUGUCCACUAGGUUGUUAUUUAAUCUAUGUCUAAUAAUGUUGACAAAUUUGCUCUCCAGUCCCUGUCCAACCCCUGGCAUUCCUGACCCCUGUCAAACUGACCGUCCAGGCAGAGAGUGAAUCCUCACUGAAACUGACCUGGUCAGAUCCGGCCAUUUCUAACAGCCAAAGAGCCAUGGACGGACGUGCCUACCUGGUAAACACUUACAAGCGGGUUGUAUUUUUCUACUGAAUAAACAUCAAAUACAUAACAAUGUGAAAAUAAUCCUAGCCCUAAAAUUAUCAUCUUCCGAGUAUCAAACAUCCUCUUAGUAUCCGCCAUCCUUUUAGCAUCCAUCCUCCUCUGAGUAUCCACUAUGUUCUUAUAUCUACCAUGGUCUAUUAAUACACCAUCCACUGAGUAUAUGCACCAUUCUCUGAUUAUCCAUCCUCUUCUGAGUAUCCACUAUCUUCUUAUAUCUACCAUGGUCUAUUAAUACACCAUCCACUGAGUAUAUGCACCAUUCUCUGAUUAUCCAUCAUCCUCUUAGUUUCCACAAUCUUCUGAGUAUCCAUCAUCCACAGAAUGUUCAAAUGUUAUAUUAUCAAAAGGGUUUAAUAUUCAUUUAUAAACAGAACAAAUAUUCUUAUGAUCUCAGUACAACUGCACCUAAGAGAUUCCAUGAGAAAAUAUUUAAUUUAUGAUCCACAGUGGGUGGAUCCACUUUGAAUCCAUUUUAACCACUUCCCUUUUAAUAAGAAAGUUGCGCAGUAGCACCAAUAUCAUUUUCGUUUAUCUUUUAUGGCUUAAAGCACUGUUCAAGGGAACUAACAUUUUUGUUAUUUUUCCUCCCUUGACAAAAAAUGAAGGGAAUUAAAUCUUAAUAACAAAGAUUAAAAAUACAAACUGAUUUAAAAUGUCAGUUUUUAAAUAAUUUCAAAGUAGCAAUGUAGCUUUAUAACAUUUUGGCAUGUAUUUUUAUAAGAUUAUGGCAUGUAUUUAUAUAAGAUUAUAUAAUGUUUUUCUGUAAAAAUAUCUUUUGUUAAUAAUACUUUUUACAUUGUUUGUCAAAGAUUAAUUAAUCACUUAUUAUUAGUCAAUGGCAGAUUAAUUAAUCCCUUAUUACCUGUUGUAGUACAUUAAUUAAUCCCUUAUUACCUGUUUGUAGUAGAUUAAUUAAUCCCUAAUUAUCUGCUGUAGUAGAUUAAUUAAUCCUUAAUUACCUAUAUGUAGUAUAUUAAUUAAUCCCUUAUUACAUGUUUGUAGUAUAUUAAUUAAUCCCUAAUUACCAUACAAAAUAUGUAUAUUUGAACCACAAAAGCUAGUAUAGGAACUUUGUGCUCUUUGUAUUUGCCUUUUUGGGUUAUAUCAUAUUGCUUUGACACACUGCUGGGUUAUCACCAAUAACAUCUAAAGCCAUGCCAAAUGUUAUAAAUGUUUUUCCACCAAUAACAUCCAAGACCAUUCCAAAUGUUUUUUCCAUCAAUAAAUCCUAGGCCAUGCCAAAUGAUUGAACAGUUUUAACACCCAUAACAUCAAGGUCAUGCCAAAUUUUAUUGCAGUUUUACCACCAAUAACAUCCCUAAAUCAAUUCGUCAAGAUGUGUUGUAAGAAAAAAGUCACCUAUAAAAUAUUUUAUUUUUCUUUCAAUGCGUCUCAAUUUGACAACUUGACAGAUUCGAUACUCACCACUGUCUGGGGAAGCCUACUCAUACAUCAACACUAGUGACCAGGUGCUUGUGUUGACUAACCUUGAACCUGGCACCCAGUAUGAGGUUUCCAUCAAAGCAGUCAAGGGAACUAACUCAAGCCAGUGGAGCUUGCCUGUAGUUAAUUCCACCCAAGAAAUAGGUACUCCAGCAAAACUAUUAAAUCUACCCAAGAAAUUGGUACCACAGCCAAAUUAUUAAAUCUACUUAGAAAAUAGUUACCCGCUUUUUAACUCUUAAAUCCACACAAUAAAUAGGUAGACUCUGCAAAAUUAUUUUAAUUUCAGUACAUUGAUUAUUUUAUAUAGUUUGAUUCCGUUUGAUUGUUGCUUUUUUAACUUUAUUCAUACAUUUUUACUAGUAAAAGUAGUACCAUUAUGGGCUUACCUUAAGUGAUGGGCAUGUAACUGGCCAGGUGGAAGGUCCAAAGGUCUAGACUCCGCGUGCCAGCAUCAAGAUACUUUUUUAAAUGACCUUUAUUUGAUGACGGCUAAAAAGAUGACUAAGGUCCUAACCCUCCCUACCCCUUGUCAAAAUAAAUAAUCCAAGCUUUUGAUAGGUGAUGUCAUGGAGAAAGGAGGGGAGUUGCAAGUUAGCUAUCAAUAUGUUAUAAGGGAGUCUAAUUUUAGCUUUAAAUUGUGAUGAUUUGGGCAAGGGUGGGCCAAAGAGCUUGACAUCAUUUGUGGAUGGUACUUUUAAAGUUUAUUUGCAUCUGAUCCAUUUCUCUUACAGCGCCGAGAUCAGCACCAGAAAAUAUAGUAGCAUCACGGCAUCCAAUUCAACUCAAUUAUAUUCUCUUGUCAUGGACUGAGCCCAAGACACCAAAUGGUAUCAUCGAAGGUAAGUUGACAACAAGUCACCAAAUGACAUAAAAUUAAUGUCAGUUUACCUAAAAUUAAUAGCUCAGUAUGCAAGAAUGUUUCACAAUGGCAUGCAAGUUUAGAGGAGACAUUUCACACAGUCCCUGCAGUGGAUUGAGACCAACUUUAUUCAAUAUUAACAAUUGUUAUGAUUGUUACCUAAGCAAAUUUCCUAAUAUAUUUUAUCUUGUUCAUAACCCUAACAAAGAUUGACAAUUUCUAUUUGAAAUCAUAUAUUUGACAACCUUUAUUUGACAAAUUAUAAUAAAAAAAUUCUAAUUGAGAACUUAUAAUUGAACACCUAUUUUUGACAAAUUAUAGUUGACAACAUAAAUUUGACAACUUAUAUUUGACAAACCAUACUUUUCAAUGUUUUAAAUCUAUAGUUGGGGUUGACAAAUUUACAUUCAAUGUUUGUAUCAGUAUCAUAUCUAUAAAGUAUUCUUUUUAGCAACACUUAAAAAAUCUUAAGUUUUCCUUAUAUAAAUGAAAGAGAAAUCUUUCUACAACAGAAUACAUCAUUUACCUGACUCCCAAUCCAACAUUGGACACUAAACUUUGGGUCGUCAUGAAAACAAAGAGAAGGGAGGCUAAAAUAGGAGUUAUUACUCCACACACCAUCUACUACUUCAAACUUCAGGCCAUGAAUAAGGCGGGUUACGGACCUUUGAGCAAAACAGUUGUCUACAAUCCACCAACAGGUUUAGUAUUUCAGAUGUAACAUUGUGAUUGUCUGUAAAUACUUGCAGUAGACUAAGAAAUAUGUUUUAAUCAAAAGUGGUUGUCAGGGAUAUUCAAAUAGCUUGAACUCUGAUACUUAUAUGGGUUGUUGUGGUACUAGUAUGUGUCUUUUGUGAUACUUAUAUGGGUUUUCUGUGAUACUCAUACAUAUAGACUCUGUCUGAUACUAGUAUGAGAUCUCUGGGAUACUUGUUAUAGCCGUCCGUGAUACUCUGGUGUUUUAAUAAAAUAUUCUUUAUCUCACGUUAUCGUAUGUAUUUUUCAUUUUACAUCCACAGACAAAAGAGCUGCACCAUCCAUGGUGAGAAUUCAGGGCAUCCACUAUAAAGAUUCUACAACAGUAAAGGUGGUCUGGACAGUGCCAGAAAUCAGCUUGGACCAAAUCAUAGGCAUGUGGACACAAUUGUUUUAAUACUUAUUUUAGCUUUUCAAGUUAAGCAAGGAUUCUUAUUGUCAAUAUCCUAGGAUCUUGAAAGUACUAUUUUAUCCCACAUGUUCUCUCUUUUUUUUGAUAUCCUUAUUUAUUCGUAUGUCAUCCCAAAACAUAUUUCAAUUUGCUAACCCCUAUUAACAUUUUAAAAUAAAAUUUCCUCAUUGAAAUAUGACAGAAUGGAUGCAAUGUAUAUCUCAGUUUUCUGAUCAUUUGUGUGUUUAAAAAUAAUAAAUCAUUUUAAUCAUUUUUGUUAAAGGCUAUAUUGUUUUGUUUACUGAUGAUGUCAACAAUGAAAAUGCUGAUUGGCUGGGGCAAAGUGAGACUGGUUUGGAGAGUAGCAUUGCAGGGCUACAUUACAACACCACAUAUUAUUUCAAGGUGAUGACCACAUUGUUUCACUGGUUGUUAAUUGUGCUUUUUAUUGCUGUCAAUGUGAAUCAAUUGAGUAAAAUAAACAGUUAUUUCAAUAUUAUUAUUUCUUCAAAGUCAAUAUUAUUAUUGAAAUAAAUUGUGUCUCAAACAGUUUUAUCAUUCAAAAAAUUGUGUAUUGAUUAUUCCAUUUCAACCAUCAAACAUUGGUAAACUUACUUCUUCUUUAUUAAUGUUUGUCAAUAUUAUUUUUUACGAUUUCAAAAUUUUCCUAUUGUUGAAAAAUAAAAUUCCUUAGUCUUAGAAAUAUUGAAUUUAAAUCCGCAAAAAAAAAGUGUGAAAUUAAUUUUACUUUGAGAUUAGCAUGUUUCUGUGCUACAUUGCAAUCAUUGCUAUCAAAAGAUUCUAAAAAUUUUGGCCAUGAAUGUUGAGCUGUGUCGGUUAAUCAAGCUUGUUUAUUACAUGGGGUAUGUUAUAAUAAUACUAACAACCAGAGAACAGGAGCCUUGUUAGGAAAUUAGACACUUUUUAGCAACCAUAGACUUUUAGGAAAUUAGAGACUUUUAAUACCAGAGACUUUUUUAGGAAAUUAGACACUUUUCAGUAACCAGAGACUUUUAGGAAAUUAGACACUUUUCAGUAACCAGAGACUUUUAGGAAAUUAGACACUUUUUAGCAAUCAGAGAACAUUUUUAGAAAUCUGAGGCUUUUUAGAUACCAGAGGCAUUUUAGGAACUAAGGACUGUUUAGCAACCAUCAGAGUUUUUAACUAUCCUUUUUUGCAACUAGAUACUAAAUAUUUAAAAAAAGAGUUUAGUUUAGCUGAAAUUUAUUCUAAUGUUUGUACCUCUUAGGUCCAGGCACAUUAUGUAGCAGGUUAUGGACCUUAUAGCAACAUAGUUACAUAUUCUACACCUGUUCGGGGUGAGUUAUUAACAAGAUGUCAUUUAAAUGUACUUCUGUUAAUUUUUAGUUACUGAUGCACAUUGUAAUAGUUUUACAUUCCUAAAAACUUAUAUUUUAAUAUAAACAUGAAUUGUAUUGUCCAAUUCCAAUAUUGAAUGGAAUAUUAAAUUAAGGAAUUUUUUUAUGUCUUAAUGUUAUGAUUUAAUUGUUAUCAGACUAACCAGUUUUUAUUUAAAGAAAUGAAUCUUUUAAUUUCCUCAGCACCUAAAACCUUUGAAGGUUCAUCAAGCACAUUAGUGAACCAGACAACUCCAGGGACCCUUACAAGGGUCAAUUAUAGUAAACACAUUAAGUUUACCCUCAGCACUGCUGCGGACACACUGUCUACUGACCACAAUGAUGACCCUCCUACCAACACAAUCAAAUCUACUCUCAGCACUGGUGAAGACACACUCACAACCAGCCACAAAGAUGACCCUCCUACUAACACAAUCAGUGAACAAUUUAUUACAACAACAAGCAUCAAUCAACAUGUCAGCCUUCAACCUGAUCCUUUCUCAUCACAUGGAAAAUACUUUGAAAACAGGGGUCAAGUCCAUGUUGCUAAUCAAAGCAGUUUAGAAGAAGUUACAGUUUUACCUCUAGAGGAUGAUAGAGUUUUACCUUUAGAAGAUGGCAGGAAUUUACCUCCAGAGGAUGGUAGAGAUUUACCUCUAGAAGAUGGUAGGGACUUACCUCUAGAGGAUGGUAGAGAUUUACCUCUUGAGGAUGACAUGGAUUUAAAUCCAUUUUAUGGAUGGGAGGAGGGUAGUGGGGUGGGGAAGAAUGACUCCGUGUAUUACGAAAAGAACAACAUUGUUGGCGUUGUCUCGGUUUCAGGUCAGGUCAGCCACAGUUACAAUGCUAGUGUUGAUGAUGUUGACAGGAAUGAACAGUUGACAGAGAGACAGGAUGAUCUGACAGAUGGUGUUACAAAGGACAACACUGUUAGUUUACUGCAUGAUUAUUUUGAUCAAGAUAACAUAGAUAACAGUAACAAUUUCAAUAACUUUACUGAGCAAUUGUAGGGCUUCCAAUGUUGAUUGAGAUAUAAAAGAAGAUAUUUACAAAAUAUUGUUGACAGAGAUAUAGAUUAAGAUAUUUAUGAAAUAUUGACAGAGAUAAAAAACCAGAAAUAUCCAAAAUAUUGAAUGAUAUAUAGACUCAGAUAUUUCCUAACUAUUGACGGAGAUAUAGAACCAGAUAUUUCCAAAAUAUUGACAGAGAUAUAGAAGAAGACAUUUAAAACUUUAAUAAUCUGACCCAUUUUUUUUAUUAAAGUUCAUGUAUAUAUUUUUUUAAAGAUCUUCUUGCUCAUUUAUUAAUCGAUUUAAAGUUUUUCUUAAGACUUUUUUAAAAGUUAAUGCAAUAUUCUUAGCAUGAAAACUUUCUGUGUCUGGAUCAUAGAGAAGUUUACCUUGCAGUAUGAAACAUCUUGUAGAGUUUACCAAGCUAAAAUUUUGUUUCUGCUUUUUUAAAAUGAUGGCUCUAGUCCUCUACACAGGAACUUAAUAGUCAUUCAUUGUCUAGAGCUAAUGCAGUUUUAAAUAUGGCCCAUACAGUGGCUAGUUUGGCAAAUUGUUUACUAUUAUUGGGCACUCAAAUGUUAGUAUUAUGUUUGAAGAUGAAACCUGAUCUUGGUUUCUAGCCCAUUUUUACAGUAUUCAUAACAUCAGAAAAGCAGAGAACCUGCUUAACACAUGGGAGAGGAAAAUCCUCCGAAAAAUAUAGGACCCAGUGAUAGAAAAUGAUAUCUGGAGAAUUCGUAUAAACCAAGAUCUUAACCAUUUGUACAAAGACCCACCUAUAGUCACAACGACAAAAAAGGCAGACUACGCUGGACAGAACAUGUUGAAAGGAUGCCGGAAUGUAGAGCAACAAAAGUUAUAUACAGGCAGAAGCUUAGGGGCAGACAACUCACUGGUCGCCCAACGCUGAGAUGGUUUGAUGAUGUGGAGAUGGAUAUACACCAGUUGGGGGUUCAUGCAUGAAGGAGGAAAGCUAUGGAUCGCUUCGAAUGGAAGGAUGUGGUGGAGCAGGCCAGGACCACUGAUGAUGAUGAAAUAAAAUGAUUCAUUUAAAUUAUUUAAUAUUAAGAAAAGCAGUUUUGCAAAAUUAAUUUUGAAUGUGUAUCCUAGAAAACCGACAGUUCAACCCAAGUUACAAUGUACACAGUUUAGUGCAGAAAUUAUGUAGCCAUAAUAUAGCCAUGAUGUAGCCAUGAGUUAAGACAAUUAAUUUAAUACAGUAAUAUUACUGCAAUGUACCUAUGGGCAAGACCAUGUAUUCAAUAGAGUAACAUAACAACAAUGUUCCUAGGGGUCAAGACCAGUAUUUACAAAUGUUCAUCUGCUGUCAGGAGAGAAUAAUGUAGAAAAAUAAUGUACACUGUACAAGUUGGCUUGAUAUUUCUUUACUUCUUGCUAUUGUUGCUAAACUAUGUCCAUCAAAUUAUUAACCAGAGGACUUUAAUGAAUUGAAUGUAGCACAAGAAGAUUUUGUUAUUUUUUGCAGGCCUUUGUCCAUCAAAUUUUAAACCAACUGAAUGUAAUGUAUUAAAUAUAGCACACGAAGAUCUUCGAAUUUGGUUUCAUUUAUCUUUUAAUAUUUUUUAAAAACUGUUG